AUGUCUUCCGGUUCUGACCGUAAAUCACGCCGUCAAUCACCCCGACGCCAUCGCGCGCGUGAAUGUAAGUCCGACGAAAUCAUGCCUGCCCCGCCUCCCUUCCUCCGAUCCUCCUUACCCCGACCUCCCUUCCCCCAUAAGAUGUAUCCCUUUGUUCAUGAAUCACCACCUCCCUUCCCCGGGUCUCUUGAUAUCUCCGACGAAACCAUGUCUUCCCUUAUCCGACGCCCUAUCCGACGACGCCAUCACGCGCGUGAAUGUAAGUCCGGCCCCAGUCCCGUCCCCAUGCCUGCUCCGCCUCCCGUCCGCAUGCCUGCCCCGCCUUCCAUCCCCCGAUCCUCCUUACCCCCACCUCCCUUCCCCCGCCCCCCACUUCCGUCACUUGAGAGAGUUGUUCUUGAGAACUCCGACGAAACCAUGUCCAGAUUGUUCCCCGUGAUCACCACCCGUCGCGAGCUCCUGCGUGAAACUUAUGUCUUAUGGGACAUGUCAGAUUACUCAAUCCCUGAGAAUCUCGAUCCUCUUUCGAUUGGGAAGCAAAUCCAAUCAGCUAUUACAAAGGAAGGUUUCCUUGGUGAUUUGCAGAUCUGGCUUUACGGUGCUGAGGAUACUUGGUCGCCUGAAUUGAUUGACCAAUUGAGAGAACUCGAUUUUUUUGUCUAUCCUUUCAAAGGAGGUAAACGAGCAAGGCUUAACUUGAUUAUAGCUCUCUUUACCGCCUCUGUAUCAGUCAUGGAUGCUGCAACAACAGCAAAUUUGCUGAUGCUCUCAUCAAACAAGGAGGAAAUGGAACAAAACGGCACUUUCAACAGAUUUCGUAAAACUUUAGAACACAGAGGUUUCUGUGUUGUCUCAGCACAACCUGAAACAGUCAUCAACCCAGAUGCUCAGCCAUGUUAUCCUGAGGAUUACUUCCAAAGCCGAGGAUUUGAAAUCUCUCAUUCGUGUUUCCCUUAUAUUACGAAUGCGUUAGCUCAGCAACGGUUCAAAGAUGCAUUAAACUUGGUAAGGCGUCACAGAAUCAACUUUAAUGUCAUCGUGGAUCUGUAUGGGUGGCACGCAUUUCUACAAUCAGCUGUGGAAUUUGUUAAACAAGUAAACAAUCUGAACCACGUUACAGAAUUUGUUUGUGCCAUCAAGAAUGAAGAUGUUACAGAGACACUUUACAAGAAUUUUUCCUUUUCCAAAAAGGGAGACAGCGUUUUACAAGUGAAAGAUCUUUGCGACAACAAGGUAUCGUCAGUUCUACAGGCAAUUAGGAAAGCACUUGAAGAACAGAUACCAGAGAGUCCGUCAAGGGAACUCUGUAUUUUGACCACUCUUGCGCGAAGUGAUCCGCCAGCUAUUGAGGAAUCUCUUUUGAGGAUAAAAUCUGUUCGUGAAAUGGAGUUGCUAAACUCAUCUGAUGACUCAAGGAAAAAGUCUUGUCCAUCUGCAGAAGAAGCCUUGAAACACCUUCUGUGGCUAUUGGAUGCUGAAGCGGUCUUUGAAGCUGCCUUAGGUCUUUAUGAUCUGAACCUUGCAGCUAUUGUGGCACUCAAUUCCCAACGGGAUCCAAAAGAAUUUCUACCUUAUCUUCAGGAGCUGGAAAGAAUGCCUGAAGCUCUGAUGCAUUUCAACAUUGACAUUAAGUUGCAACGUUUUGAUAGUGCUCUUAAGAGCAUUGUAUCAGCAGGGGAUGGCUACUUUCCUGAUAGCAUGAACUUAAUGAAGAAGAACCCUCAACUCUUCCCUCUCGGCCUCCAGCUAAUUACUGAUCCUGAAAAGAAACAAGCGGUUCUUGAGGCUUGGGCAGAUCAUCUCACAGAUGAAAAACGUUUUGAGGAUGCCGCUACUACGUACCUAUGUUGCUCUAGGCUGGAAAAGGCUUCAAAGGCGUAUCGUGAAUGUGUUGAUUGGAGUGGGGUACUCAGAGUGGGGGCGCUGAUGAAAUUAGAUAAAGAUGAGAUCUUGAAAUUGGCAUACGAACUCUGCGAAGAGGUUAAUGCUCUUGGUAAACCGGGGGAAGCAGCAAAAAUAGCUCUUGAAUACUGCGGAGAUAUAAGCGGUGGAAUUAGUUUGCUUAUCAAUGCGAGGGAAUGGGAAGAGGCUUUAAGGGUUGCGUUUAUGCAUACAGAAGAAGGUGUAAUCUCAGUGAAAAGUUCUGCUCUGGAGUGUGCUAGUGGUUUAGUAAGUGAAUUCAAAGAAUCAAUAGAAAAAGUAGCAAAAUAUUUGACCCGCUAUUUAGCUGUUCGGCAGAGACGAUUGCUGCUUGCAGCAAAGCUGAAAUCCGAGGAACGGUCAGUAAUUGACCUUGACGAUGACACAGCUUCAGAAGCAAGUAGCAACCUGAGUGGAAUGAGCGCGUAUGUUAUGUUUUUGCAUUUAGCUUACUCUCUCCGCCUUUAUCUCUUGGGGAAUCAAAGUAUCGAUAAUGUAGUUGUUUUGUGCAUAGUUUAA